AUGGAAGUUCACACACGACUUUUCACCCUCUUUUUGAUCUGGUUGGUUGUAGAUAUUAGAGGGAUGAACACUGACUUCAUAGUGGAUCCAUAUGAGGAAGCUAAAUAUUGGGAAGAGAUAAAGGAUACUAAAAUCCUCAAAAACGUCAGUGUCAAUGAGAAAAAUGAGAUCAACUCUCCCCCAUCUGAAGGGAGUUAUUUGAAAAUUGUUUGCAUUUCUGACACGCAUGACCAACUUCAAGAAAUGCUAGAUAUCAUACCCGAUGGGGAUGUUCUAAUCCAUAGCGGAGAUUUCACUUGCAAUGGAGAAACGAGCAAAAUUGAAGAAUUUAAUGAAGCGCUUGGAAAAUUGCCCCAUAAGCACAAAUUAAUUGUAGCCGGCAACCAUGAGCUUGGGUUCGAUGAUAGCGAGGAUUUAAGUAAACGUGAGGAACGAUCGAGAGGACUAGGAACACCCAAAGGUUACAAGCAGAUAACAAAUGGAAUUUAUUUACAUGAUAACGAAUAUGUGAUUGACGGAGUUAAGUUUUACGGAUCGUCGUGGCAUCCUCUGGCUGGUUUUCCUUUCUCUUCACUCCGUGAACACUUAGAACCCAAAUGGGAGUCCAUUCCAACUGAUACGGAAAUAUUAAUAACACACACCCCUCCACUAGGUUAUCUCGAUUUAUUCCAUGGCAAGGAACGUUGGGGUUGCCGUUUCUUGUUGAGAGAAGUUGAAGAGCGGAUCAAGCCUCGAUUCCAUGUUUUCGGUCAUGUGCAUGCGUGUUAUGGAGUUAUGACGAAUAAUGUGACUACAUUUGUGAAUGCAGCCCAAUGUGAUGUAUAUAAUAAGCUGAAGAAUAAGCCGAUAGUAUUCUAUAUAAAAAAGAACUGA